AUGGGGAUCCUAGUUUUUGGUAGGGGGCGAGGUUUUGAUGAGACUAAGAAGUCCAAUGCUCGGGUGAUUAGCUUCUAUGACCAUCUUAGGCCUAGCCAGCGAUGCACGAGUAUGAGCCUUUGGAAGCAUAUUUGGAAAUUGAGAUUGCUCACCGAAGUUGUCGCUACUUGGCUGAUGGUGGCUUGGAGAAUUUGCAGUGGCACCCUUUCUAAUAUGCCUAAGGAGACCGCUCUUGUAGGGCCUCCUGGGAGCCAACCUUAG